AUGUUUCCCAGUCCCAGCACGUCCACUCCCUUCUCUGUAAAGGAUAUAUUAAACUUGGAGCAGAGUCACGACGUUAUGGUGUCUUCUCUGGACGUCUCUUCCCGCAUGGACUGCUGCUCGACGUCCUCCUCCUCCUCCUGCAUGCUGGCCCGCCUGAAGCAGGAGCCUCUCCGGGACAUGUCGUCCACCGCCGUCUCGCUGUUUGGAGAGGACAUCCACGACUCCAAAGCCGGCAGAGGCAAUGCACUCAACUUUGCUUCUACCUUUUAUGGCAAAUCCCUCAUUGAAAUGGAUAUAAACAAGGAUGGGAAAACAGACGCGUUUGAGGGGAAACGAAGGAAAGAGGAGUUCAGUGUUGCUGCCGAGGUUGUGGAGGACUUAAAGCCCGAGGAUCCCGACCGACCCAAGCCCCGGAGACGCAGGAAGCCGCGCGUCCUCUUCUCCCAGGCGCAGGUGUACGAGCUGGAGCGCCGCUUCAAGCAGCAGAGGUACCUGUCGGCCCCGGAGAGAGACCACCUGGCCGGCGUGCUCAAACUGACCCCGACCCAGGUAAAGAUCUGGUUCCAGAACAGGAGGUACAAGUGCAAGCGGCAGAGGCAGGACCAGAGCCUGGAGAUGGUGUCUCUGCCGCCGCCCAGGAGGGUGUCGGUGCCGGUGCUGGUGCGGGAUGGGAAGCCCUGUCUCACGGCAGACACGGCCACAUACAACCCCUCCUACAGCAUGGGCCACAUCAACCAUUUCACUUAUAACAACUACCCGGCUUUCAGCAACUACACCAGCCCCGGCUGCAACACGAACUAUGCAUGCAAUUACCCCGCAGCCACAAUGCAGACUAUGCAAGGAUCCUCCAACAGCGGGAAUUACAUGAACUUUGGGGUUGGGGACUUGAAUAAUGUCCAGAACACUUUCUCCUCCAGUAACGGGGUGUCUUCGUUACACGGCAUUAGGACAUGGUAA